AUGUCUGAUAUAAUAAAAUGUAUAUUUUAUAGUGAAUUUCAUAAUAUAUAUGGUACAAAAAUUUUACAUCAAUAUCCUGAAGGUUUUGUUUCAAAUGAAGUAUUUGAAGGUUUUGCAGAAUAUAUUAUACCAAAACCAAAAUUAUGUGGAAAAAUUAUAACAUUAACAGCAUUUGAUUAUAAAAUUUUAGGAUAUCCAAUAUUAAUGCAAGAUGUAAAAUAUCAUAGAAAUGCAUUAUUAUUUAAUCUUUGUUUUGUUUUUGAUAAAAGUACAGAUACAACAAAUUAUAAUCAAAUCGUUAGAAAAUUAGGCACAAUAUUAAGAACUUUAGAAAAGGAAACAGAAUAUUUAUUUAAUCAAUCAAAAGAAAUUGGAUUAAAAGAUCAACCAGAUUUAUCAAAAAUAUUAGAAACAUUAUAUAUUGAAUUGAAUACAUAUGGUGAAAGUACAUUUACAGUUGACGAUGCAAAUACAAUUAAUGUUAAACUAUUGAGUAGACCAGAUGAACCACCAGAGAUAUUACCACACCAAGUACCGGUGUUAGUUGAAGAGAUUGAUACAACCAAUGAUUCAGAAUGGGAUUUAACUGUAUUACAAAUUCUACCCUACAUUGAUGGUAUCAAUUAUGUUGCAAGAAUAUCGAAAUUGACAGAAAUCGAUAUCAACCUCGUCAGUAGCUGUGUCCAACAUUUGGUUUACUACGGUAUCGUUAAGAUGGUAGACAUUUUUCAAUACUCAAAUAUUUAUAAUCCAACACCUAAAAUUAGAAAACUUGCAAGUAAUUUAGACAUGCAAAGAGAGUGUCAAAGAUAUAUAACCAUAUCAGGCGCUACGCCAUGCUCAUUCGAAUUCAUAUUCUCCCUCUAUUCAUCGUUAAGUAUCGAUACAACAUUUAGAGAAUAUUGUUUGGAGAAUUCAUUAACAAGUUGGGGUAUUGAUGAACGUGCUUUCAUUAUGUUUGGUGUUAUUAAUGAUUUCCUAAGAAGAAAACAAAGAUAUCCACUCUUAACCAAUCUUCAAUCAUUAGAUUCUUUACCACCAUCUCAUAAAAAACAUCUUUUAAAUGGUACUAAAAAUUAUGAUGAAAUUUGUUGUAUCCUUUCAAUUGGUGUUGAAGCUGUUGAAAAAUUAUUAUUCGAAAUUGCACAUCCAGAUUCUUUUAUUGUAAUUUUAAAAUAA